AUGUUUUUUCCUACAAUCCGAGAAGAGAUUACAAAGGAGAAGAUGAGUUACGAAGCUAACGGAGAUAGCGUCGCUGAUGAAAAUAAGGAGAAACUCAUAUCUGUGGAGAGCUCUCCUUUCCAGUCUCUUGGUGAUGAAGACUCCAAGUCUCGAGAAUCUCAUGAUCUUGAAAGGGAAAAGAGCAGGGACAGAGACAUGAAUAGGGAGCGAGACCGCCAUCGUAGGGAUCGUCAUAGGGAUGACCGUAGCAGAGAACGUAGUGAGAAAAGGGAACGUGAGAGAGAUGAUGAUCAUCAUCAUCGUAGAAGUCGAAGGAGGAGUUCUCGUGAUCGUGAGAGAGUGGAGAGAUACAUGCCACGCUCUCGCUCGAGGAGCCGUUCUGAACGUAGGUCAAGGUCAGAGCAUAGGCACAACAAGAGGGUAAGUGGAUUCGAUAUCCCGCCCCCUUCUUCUGCACUCUUAGCUGCUACGGACGUUGCUGCAACAGGCCAGCUUCCUAGUGUGCCAGCUAUCCCUAAUAUUCCAGGGAUGUUCGCAAUGGUCCCUAAUCAGCAACUGGGAGCGCUUCCUUUAUUGCCCGUUCAGGCAAUGACUCAGCAAGCAACUAGGCAUGCCAGACGUGUCUAUGUUGGUGGCCUUCCACCCACUGCAAAUGAGCAGUCGGUGGCAACUUUCUUUAGCCAAGUGAUGUCAGCGGUUGGGGGAGACUUGCUGCACCAACUUGCUGCACCUCUUGGUCCGAGCCAGCCUAAUCCCAAUCUCAACUUGGCGGCUGUUGGAUUUUCUUCAGUCUCUACUGGUGGGCUUGAGGGUCCGGACCGCAUUUUUGUGGGUGGGCUUCCGUAUUACUUAACAGAGGAUCAGAUCAAGGAGCUCUUAGAGUCCUUUGGGCCGCUAAGAGGUUUCAACUUGGUUAAAGACAGGGAGACUGGAAACUCGAUGGGGUAUGCAUUCUGUGUAUUCCAGGAUCCCUUAGUCACGGAUAUGGCAUGCGUUGCUCUAAACGGGAUUCAGAUGGGCAAUAGGACACUUACAGUGAGACGUGCAGUCCAAGGUUCGAUUCAACCUAAGCCUGAGCAAGAAGAUAUAUUACUUCAUGCUCAACAGCAGAUUGCUUUGCAGAGGCUUAUGCUACAACCAGGAGGCACGCCUACGAAGAUUGUCUGUUUGACUCAAGUAGUUUCGGCUGAUGAUCUUGGCGACGAUGAAGAAUAUAAAGAAAUAAUGGAGGACAUGAGAGAGGAAGGUGGAAACUUCGGUAACUUGGUGAAGGUUGUGAUUCCGAGACCCAGUCCGGAUCCUGAUCAUAAUCCAACACCAGGAGUUGGGAAGGUUUUCUUAGAGUAUGCUGAUGUGGAUGGUGCAGCAAAGGCAAGAUUGGGGAUGAAUGGAAGAAAGUUUGGAGGAAACCAAGUGGUGGCUGUGUAUUACCCUGAAAACAAGUAUGCGCAAGGCGACUAUGAAGGCUGCUGA